ACAUAGAUUAUAAUAUUCCGGGUGUGUAGCACUACCUUAUUUUAAAGUAGUGUGAAAGCUAAUAAAACAUUUUGCGUUUAUAAAAGGAGAGGGUGACGAGAGGUAUAGUUGAAUAGAGGGCAGAAGAGAGAGAGAGAGAGAGAGAGACAAAUAUAAGAAGGAAAAUUUAGAGAGGAUGGGUUAUAGUUCUGCAAUUCGGCUAUGUUUAUGCAUCUUCUUUGCACUUUCGAUUGUCUCUUCGGCUCGACUCAGUUUAUCAUUUCCAGAAAAUGAAAAGAUGGUGGUGAGAGGUAGAUCAUUGAUGAUGGUGCACAUGACCAAUGACUACGACGAGCCAUCGGCCAACCGUAGACACAACCCACCUGGUGGGAGGCGUGGAGGAGGUAGGAGAGGGGGAAGAUAAACAUAACAAAAUGUUUUCUUACUAUGAAGAGAAAAAUAACAAGAUUAUGUUUUAGAUAUAUAUAUAUAUUUACAUAUUUAUAUAUUUCAGUCUUACUCCUUUUCUCUCAGCAUUUCAUGUCUUUAUAUACUGAGAAAUAAAACCUUUUGCAAAUAAUAUGUACUUAUAAAUUAAUAAACAUGUAUGAACACUUGUGUUUGGCAGAUUUUGUGGCUGUUGUUUCCUGUUAGUUUAACAGGACUUUUUUUGUAUGAAAUUUCAUCAAUAUUGAUGCGUCUUUGUGAGAA